GUGUUUUAUGUGCAAACCGGAAUCUUGAAUUCCGGCAAACCAAACAUAUAUCAAAUUUAACCGAAUUAAAUAUUAGAAAGCAAUAUAAUAAUAUAUGUAUCGAAAUUAGAAGUGUGGAAGUGAUCACGGGUCGGGUGGGCUUCAUGUCUAUUAUAUUUAGUGCUAGUUUUAGUAAUCAUACUGCUUCAGUGACUGUAUAUGUAACCCUCUUUCUUUCACCGAUAAGUUACCAUGGACCACGGUGGCCGGAAAACUCCUUUACCAAAGCCUUCUGUUGUAUGCUUACUAGUUAUACUAGCAACUCGGCUUGUAAAUGCCACUAUCAGCAAGUCCUCGUGUGAUUUUCCGGCAGUUUUCAACUUCGGCGACUCAAACUCCGAUACUGGUGGCUUGUCUGCGGCGUUUGGGCAAGCUCCUCCGCCCAAUGGAGAAACUUUCUUCCACGGUCCGGUUGGUAGGUACUCCGACGGCCGUCUAGUCAUCGAUUUUAUAGCACAGAGUUUGGGGUUACCCUACCUUAGUGCAUACCUAGAUGCUCUGGGUUCCAACUUCACCCAUGGAGCCAACUUCGCCACCGGUGGUUCCACCAUUAGACCACAAAACACGACACGUCAUCAAAGUGGUUUGAGCCCCAUCUCAUUAAAUGUUCAAUCAUAUGAAUUCAACGAUUUUCAUCUUAGAACCCAAACUAUUCGCAAAGCUGGUGGGAUAUUUAAGGAAUUACUUCCGAAACCCGAAGCAUUUUCACGUGGUUUAUACACAUUUGAUAUCGGACAAAAUGAUUUGACGGGUGGUUUGUUACUAAACUUGUCUACCCAGCAAGUUAAAGCAUCCAUUCCCGAUAUCUUAGGCCAAUUCAAAACCGUAGUUAAGAGUGUACACGAUAAAGGAGGACGAUAUUUUUGGAUACACAAUGUGGGCCCGAUUGGGUGUCUACCAUACGUGUUGGAACAUUUACCAAUCACAGCCCAACAAAUGGAUAAAGUCGGAUGUGGUAAUCCGUUUAACGAAUUAGCCCAAUUUUUUAACAGUAAAUUGAAAGAUCUUGUGGACCGAUUACGUGAGGAACUACCCGAAGCUGCAAUCACCUACGUUGACAUCUAUAAAGCCAGAUACACACUCAUUAAUCAAGCAAGCAAAUAUGGAUUUGAGCAUCCACUUAGAGCUUGUUGUGGGCAUGGCGGGAAGUACAACUACAACACACACGUUGGAUGUGGAGGGGAGGUCAAAUCAUGUAAAGAUCCUUCGGUUAUGAUCAUAUGGGAUGGGAUUCAUUAUACUGAAGCUGCCAAUAGAUGGGUUUUCGAUCAUAUUGCAAACGGGUCAUUUUCUGACCCAUCACUCCCGUUACAAAUGGCUUGCCAUAGGAAUUCAGAUCAAUAAAAUUGUACAAGCACGGCUCUAAUAAUAACUAAUAAGUGCCUGUUUGGUAGGAUAGGAUAUCGGAUAGAAUAAAUGACAUUUUAUGAUCGGUUUCAAUGGCCGAAUGGAAUAACCUUUCAUACCAAUAUUUUGAUAUGACAUGUAAAUACGAUUUAUAAUUUUAGUUA